AUAAAACAAAAAAACAUACUUCACAUUAUUCAGUAAAGAUUGGCUCUAAAAUGCCGUGAUGUAUUACAUUUCUACCUGAACCGACUAGAGUCCAGGGUUCUCUGUAAACUGCAUGACAUCAGUGAGGGAGAAGAAGCGGUGCGCAGCGGAGCCGGGUGAACUGGGCGGGCGCUGUUGCACGUGUUUUGAAUCGGGGAGGACGGGCUCGCAUCGCGUUGCUCAUGUCCAAUCGAUCCCCGCUCGGGAGGAGCGACGGGAGAGCAUCAGAGUAUCACUCCUGCAUUCCUGUUCCUCAUCACUCUCAUCAUCAUCUCUCCGGCGACCGCAGCGCAUCUCCGUGACAGACUCAGGCAACGGCUUGGUGAAAAGGUGGAGGAGAGGAACUUGUUUAGAGCCAGAGCUCGCUUCGGGGGGAAUUACGCACUUCUGGAGAGUUUUCUGCUCACUCUAAUCUUGAAAUGGGACUCAGUGAGAUCAUGGCAAUCCGCACCCGGUCGCUACUGUUCACCUGAGCUGUUUCUCCGGCGCAGCAGUAAGCACUAUUUGUUUGGGAUCUGGACAAGAGGCUCGGGAGGAUUGGUUCCUUUAAGUCUGGAAGUUGAGGCAGAAAAGUGAAUGAGUGCUCCACUUCUCUCACUUGGAUCCCGAACAGUUCGCACUGAUCAUGUCUUCGAGAUUGUAGAUCCGGAGAGCUCUUCUGUUUAAGGUGAGGAAGAGCCACCAUGAGGUGUACCUAGUGAGGACCUUCCCAGUGAAAGACAGGCGACAGGCAGGAUGAAGCUGAGAGGAAGGUCAGCUUGGCCUUGGCAGGUGGCCUUCCUUGUUGCCUUGGUGAUGCUCUGGGUUGACCCAAUGUCCGCAGGCAACCGCAAUCAUCGGGGACCAACAGUGUCGUAUCAGGUGAAGCAGGGCACGUGUGAGGUGGUGGCCAUCCAUCGCUGCUGCAACAAGAAUAAGAUUGAGGAGCGCUCUCAAACCGUCAAGUGCUCCUGCUUUCCGGGGCAGGUUGCUGGGACGACCAGAGCCAGACCUUCCUGUGUGGAAGCCUCUAUCGUCGCCCAGAAGUGGUGGUGUCACAUGCAGCCCUGUAUGGAUGGAGAGGAGUGCAAAGUCCUGCCUGACCUGAAAGGCUGGUCAUGCAGCACUGGCAACAAAGUCAAAACCACCAAGGUUACACGAUAACGAGAGAGCCACUGUAGCAAAAGGAAACAUGAAGCGCUCCAUGCGGAGAUGGUGGAUGACUCACACAUAUUCACAGUCCUAAGGGGAAUAUAGAGGAAAGGACUGCUGUCGGGAUAUCUGUCACAAAACAAAUGGAUAAAAUGUUCUCAUCAAAACCAUGUGGAGCCACACAUGUUGCAAAUUAACCGAACCGUUUAUUAAUGCCAAAAGACUGCAGUCAGGGUAAAGCAUGGACAGCAAAGUUAUUCUUCUUCUCCACAGUGGACAGUGUGGAUUGUUCCACGGUGGUUGAUCUCAAACACCAAUGCAGCAUUUGAAGCUCUAUUUCAGCCAAGCAUUUCAGAGUGUGACAUGAAGCCAAGGAUGUGCUGACAGCGCUAUCAAACUCUGGAAACAGUGGGACCAAUGAAAGAGAUAAAAGCUCAUAACUGGCAAAUAGCAAAUUAGCAUCAGAAUGCUCUUGUGGGUCAUGUCACCACCACUCACACUGUUUUCCAGGAGUCAUUUCGCAGUUCUAAGUAGAGGGAUUGCAGUAGAAUCAUAACAGAAUAUUAAUAAUACAUGUAGGAUAUUUGCACCCGUCGAAACCAUUUGGGGGAUGUUUUAUUGUUCAAUGCAUCACACAUCUUUUGUUGUGGAUCUCAAAUGACAUUAAGGGGGGCAUUUUAUAAACUGUCUAACAUUCGAAGUACUGUAGAUAAAUACGCAUAUUGUAAACCAUUACUUCUGAGUAGUUCUUUGUCAAAAAUAGCCCAGACUCAUGUAGCUUUACUUACUUGCUGCAGCUCGGAAAAAUAUGAACUUGCAAAGUAUGUCUUAUUUAUUUAUUUAUAUUUUGCCAGAGACAUUAAUGAGCACAUCCGCCCAGAGUUUUGACUUUUUGAUCUGCUGCGUCCAGUCUGUGGCAUUUCUUAUGGCAAUAGUUUUUAAGGAGGCUCAUAAAUGUUUAAACAAAGAGAAUGAUUUGUCUUUAUGUAGUUGCUACAAUUGAUUGAAACUGUUUUUUUUUUUUUAGCUACAGUGCCUUGCAAAAGUAUUAAAACUUCUUGAACAUUGUUACUUUGUCACAUUAAAACCACAAGCCUAUGCAUGUUAGUUUGUUUGUAUGCAAUAAUCACAAAAUAGUUCAGAAUUGUUCAGUGGAAGAAACAUAAUGACAUCCAUGCAAAUUAUUGUACAAAUAAAAUCUACAAAGUGUGGUGGACAGUUGUAUUUUGCUCCCCUGAAUUAAUAGCUUUUACAACCAUGUCUACCAGCUUUGAACAACUAGAAAAAGACAGAUUUUGUCCAUAGUUCUUUUUAAUGGGAAGCAUCUUUGAAAAUUAUUUUCAAAUGUUGCCACAUAUUCUCAGUUAGAUUUAGCGCUUGACUUCGACACAUUGUAACAUGUCUCAAUGCUUGGAUAGCUAUAUAUUUAUCAUUAUUUUGUUCUGUGAACUCCGUCCCAGUCUCAGGUCUGCCACUUCCAGAGGAAACAUGAAACACCUUCAAGGACUGCCCAUAUCUAUCUAACUUCACCUAUUCUCCCAUCAGCUAUGAUCAGCUUCUGUGUCUCUGCUGAAUAAAGACCUCUCCACAGUAUGAUGGUGCCACUGCCACGUUUUAUCAUGGGGAUGGUGUGUUCAGUGUGAUGUGCAGUGUUAGUCUUCCACGAAACAUGAUGUUUUGCAUGUAGGUCAAAAACACAUAUUUUCCUCUCUUCUGACCACUUCUUACCAAACAGGAGAAUGUUCUCUUCGCUGAGACCGUUCUUCCACAUGCUUGCCAUGUCUCCUUCAUGGAUUGUGUUAAACUUUAAGAGAAAUGUUAUACUUCUUACUCUAAGGCCAAAUUUGUGGAUUCUCUCAUUCUGUGGAUCUCUGCAGCUUCUCCAGAGUUACCAUGAGCUGCUUUCUUUGAUUAAUGCUUUCCUUGCCCAGUAUGUCAGUUUAGUUGAAUGAUGGAAUGAGAUGUUUGAAGCUUAGGAUGUUGUUUUAUAGACUAACCCUGCUGUUAACUUCUCCACAGAGUUUGUCCUGUGUUCCUUGGCCAACAUUUUGCUGUUUGUUCACUAAUGUACUCCAACAAACCUCUGAAGUUUUCACAGAGCGGUUUAAUUCAUACUGAGAUUAAACUACAUAUGUCGGUUGGAUAGCACUGAAUUUUAUUAAUUUAACAAUUCUGCACUACUUUGUAUUUGUCUAUCACACAAAAUCCUCAUAUAAUAUAAUAAAGUUUGUGAUUGUGAUACACGUAAAAAAAGCUCAAGGGUUAUAAAUACUUUUGCAAGGCACAGUAUGGGUCUUUGACUUUCUGUGGUCACUCUUUGACAUUUCUUUUGUCAUUUGUUUAUAAGGAGGCCCACGAACACUUAAAUACAGACAAUGAUUUUGCUUUAUGUUGUUCUUGAGGUUGAGUAAAAAUGCAAACUAGUUAAAUUAGUAAGGUUUUGUUGCUAUCUUUAUCAAUAGAAUGAUUUUUUUUCUGCUUAACAUUUUCCAUUGAUUGUAUUUACAGUAGCGCCAGAUCAAUGCUUCGGUGUGGUUGACAGAAAUAAUUGCUGCAGAUAAUGUCAGCUUUACAAAACCUGCUUUUUUCCUCUCUUCAGGCUUGAUCAUUACUGCAGUACAACAGUGUCACACAGCAAGCAGCCAUCACACUUUUCGGUCUUCUCUGUCAGUCUCUGUGUCCCUCUCUGAUGCUCCUCUCUAAGACACUGACAAAGUGAUAACACUGUUAAAAGCAAAGUUUUGUUCCACCCACUGCAUCACAGUUUUUUUGCUUUAACUAGAAUGCAGUUUUUUUUUUUUUGUUUUUGCUGUCAUGCUUUUUGAAAUGAAGUUUUCUCUCCUGGACAUACAUCCAAAUCUUUUUCACAUGGUAUCAAGUCUGCCUCUCUGAUAUGGGAAUGUGUUGGGUCAGCAUGCCUGGGGUUAGCCUUCUGGGGCCAGCUCCUCUGUGGCUGAGAGUCUCUGCUUUUUAGACACGCUGCCUUGUGAGCUCUGAUAAAUGUUUGGGUGCUGAGCCAUUGACUCUCCAGCUCCAGUGCUGAGCUCUGAGCCAGAGGGAGCUCGGGGACGGCAGGGCUACCAGUUGCAGGCGGCUCCACUCUCUCAUUACUGAGAGGCCUGGAUAGUGCUAGUCUUCUCCUGGGUACACUGACAUGGAAUAUUUUUGGCUUACUAGGCAGCAUUGCUGUUAGGCCAGUCACACCACACUGCCCUCUUUCUUUGAGCACCAUCUCAGCAACAAUAGUCUAUUUUGAGAAGAAAAAACAAUGAGAUUCUGCAGCAACAUUCAUGCACAAGCAAAAACAAUGCAUUUUAUAAAAAAGAAAAAACUUGUACACCUACAUUAGGGAAAACUUACAGGUGCAUCUUAGUAAGUUAGAAUAUGAUUAAAAAAAGUUAAUGUUAACUAAUUCACUUCAAAAUGUAAAACCCAUUUAUUAUGUAAAUUCUGGGUAACAGCUAACAAAAGCAAAAUUCAGAGUUGCAGAAAAGUUGUAUAUUAUAUGAGACUGAUAAAAAGUAUUUACAACAGAAAUGAUGGCCUACUAAAAACUAUGUCAAUGAUUACUUGUUUGGACCUCCCUUUGCAUGACUUAAUACAUCUACAUAUAGGAGACAAGAAGACAACCAGCCUCUGUGUUAAAGAAGCUCUGAUUGCUUUACAGUAUGAGCAACCCAAAGCUCAUCUGUAUUGUUGGGUUUAAUGUCUCUCAUUAUCUUCUAGAUCAGCAGUUAUCCAUGUUGCUUGUGCAACAUUUCCAACAAAAUUUUUUCUUCCACCAAAUUUUCCAUGUGUAUGAUUGGAUAAAACCCUCUGUGAAUAGCCUGCUUCUUUAGCAAUUUUUUGUAGCUUACAUUCCUUGUUGAAGAUAUGAAUGACUGUCUACUGCUGGACUACUGUCAAGUUCGUAGUUUUCCCCAUGACUGUGUGGACCAUGAAAUUACUAUAACAUAACAUUUCUGUAUUAAAAUACUGCUUUUAUUGGUCUAAUGAAAUAUUCACAUUCUUUGCAUAAACAUGUGGAUAAACAUAAUUUGGGAUUUUUAUUGACUGUAUCUUUAUUUUCAUCAAAAGUGACAGCAAUAAACUUUAAAAAUAUUUUA